GCGAACUAGUUCCGCCGAGCCGCAGCUUGUGCAAUGUUUUGUAAUCGUAUUUACAAAUUUCUUUAAUCGAACUUUUAUAAAUAAGAAAUGCUGCGCCGCGUGCAUUGCUUGCUCCGGCUGCACGCCAAUGGACGCCAGUCACUGGCCACCCGCCUCCGAUGCUACUCCACGGAUGAGGAGAACCCCAAACAGAACCCAAAUCCGAAUCCCAAUCCCAAGGCCCAGAAGCCCGGAACCAAAAACCUGCCGGCAGUGAGGAAUCCCUUCGCUGCGGCGCAGGACAGGACGAAGAACACCUACCUUACCAUGGUGGAGAUCUUCCAGGAGCGCGACGUCCACCGCCGCAACCAUGUGGAGUUCAUCUACGCAGCGCUCAAGAACAUGGCUGAUUUCGGGGUGGAACGGGAUCUGGAGGUCUACAAGGCGCUGAUCAACGUGAUGCCCAAGGGCAAGUUCAUACCCACCAACCUGUUCCAGGCGGAGUUCAUGCACUACCCGAAGCAGCAGCAGUGCAUCAUCGACCUUCUCGAGCAGAUGGAGGAUAUCGGGGUUAUGCCCGACCACGAGAUGGAGGCGAUGCUGCUGAACGUGUUCGGCAGACAGGGACACCCGCUCCGGAAGUACUGGCGCAUGAUGUACUGGAUGCCCAAGUUCAAGAACCUCUCCCCGUGGCCUCUGCCCGAUCCAGUGCCGGAUGACACCCUGGAAAUGGCCAAGCUGGCUCUGGAGCGCAUGUGCACGGUCGACCUGCGAUCCAAGAUCACGGUGUUCGAGACCAGCGAGCUGAAGGAUGCCAUCGACGAGACGUGGAUUGUGAGCGGGAUGAGUCCCGAGCAGGAAAAGCUGCUGCGGGAGCACUCCCGCCAAAAGGCCCUUUACAUCGAGGGACCCUUCCACAUUUGGCUAAGGAAUCGCCGGAUCAACUACUUCACCCUGCGCGCCGAUCCAGACGUUGAGUUCCUGUCCCAGUUGGAUGAGCGGCAGCUGGACGAGGACGACGUCUCCCACAUCGAAGUUCCUUUUUUUGGUCGUGCUCCGCCUAGGCGUCACAAUCAGCUGGGGAAACUGCGCUCCGUCCACCAGCAGGACGACGGCACCAUCUUGGCCAUCUGCGCCACAGGCACCUCCACAAAGGACUCCCUGCUCUCGUGGAUUCGCCUGCUGGAGGUGAACGGAAACCCCUCCAUAGGAGAGGUGCCCGUCCUCUUCCGGUUCAGGUCCGAAGUGCCCGCCAAGGCGGAAGAGAUCGAGGGUGGCGCCAGUGUCCCAGCAACAAGUGAUAGCACGAGCAAUAGUCAGAAUGAGGAGCCAAGCAGUAGACGGGAAUAA